UAAAAAAUGGAACCUUGUUCCUGUGACACUUUCGUGGCAUUACCUCCAGCAACAGUUGAAAAUAGGAUAAUUUUUGGAAAAAAUUCAGAUAGACUCUGUGAUGAAGUACAAGAGGUAGUUUACUUUCCUGCAGCAGUGCAUGAUAACCUGAGAGGACAUCUUAAGUGUACUUACAUAGAAAUUGAUCAAGUUCCUGAAACAUAUGCUGUUGUUCUCAGUCGCCCAGCUUGGUUAUGGGGAGCAGAAAUGGGAGCCAAUGAGCAUGGAGUUUGCAUUGGGAAUGAAGCUGUCUGGGGAAGAGAAGACGUUUCUGAUGAAGAGGCGCUACUGGGCAUGGACCUUGUCAGACUUGGCCUUGAAAGAGCUGAUACAGCUGAAAAAGCCCUUGAUGUCAUUGUUGAUUUAUUAGAAAAAUACGGCCAGGGUGGAAAUUGUUCGGAGGGUGGCAUGGCCUUUAGCUAUCACAACAGUUUCCUGAUAGCCGAUAGGAAUGAGGCCUGGGUUCUGGAGACUGCAGGGAAGCACUGGGCGGCAGAAAAAGUACAAGAGGGAGUUCGUAAUAUUUCUAAUCAGCUUUCAAUAACAACGAAGAUUGAUCGGGAACACCCAGACAUGAGAAACUAUGCUAAACAGAAAGGUUGGUGGAAUGGUACAAAGGAGUUUGAUUUUGCGGCAACAUACUCUUAUAUCAACACAGCCAAGAUGAUGACUUCACCAGGCAGAUACUGUGAAGGCUACAGACUUCUGAAUAAACACAAAGGAAGCAUAACUUUUGAAACAAUGGCGGAAAUUCUCCGAGAUAAACCGAGUGGCAUUAACAUGGAGGGAGAUUUCCUGACCACUGCAAGCAUGGUUUCCGUCUUACCUCAGGAUUCCAGCCUUCCUUGCAUUCACUUCUUCACCGGGACUCCUGAUCCGGAGAGAUCUGUUUUUAAGCCUUUCAUAUUUGUGCCAAAUAUUUCACAACUAUUGGACACCAGUUCACCAACAAUCGAAUUUGAAAAUCCAGUUAAAAAGAAGCCACAUUUUAAGAGUAAGCCUGACAGAAGACACCCACUUUACCAGGAGCAUCAACAGGCAUUGAAAGUAAUAGAUAAUAAAGAGGAAAAAGCCAAAAUAAUGUUGGACAACAUGAAGAAACUGGAAGAACAACUAUUCAAAGAGAUGGAAUCAAUCCUUGAAAGCAAACAUCUUGAUGUGGAUAAAAUUGUUAAUCUUUUUCCUCAGAGUGUAAAAGAUGAAAUUCAGAUAUAUAAGUCAAAUAUGAGUUCUUAAUGAUCAUAUAAAUUGUCAGCAAUCUUCCUCAAAGUCAGAAUCAAUCACCUUGGUAAAUGAUAUAAGCCUAGUGUGAGCAAAUAUGAUAUUCUUUAAUAGCAUUCAAGUGAUAGCUUGAUUAUGAAAACUGCAUGUACUUACUGAAAUAGUGAGACAGAAAAUAACAUUGGAAUUAGACACAUAUCAUGGGAUGGCCAGUUAUUACAUCAAGUACUGGCCUGUGUUAUUUUGUUUGUAGCUAUAAUAACUUUCUACAAAUCACACAUAUUCAAUUCUGCAUAAAGUAUGAAACAUUAAAAUAAUGCAUGGAUUUGUUUAUGCACUAUCUCAAUUAUGAGAAAGAUUUUUCCUUAGUAAUGAAAUAUAUUGUCUCACAUAUUGAGUUUUUUUUAUGUGUGUGUGCUUUCGGCAAAUAUUAACCAGUUCUAACAAAGUAUUCCAGUUUACACAUUAAAUCUUACUAUAGUGUGUGAAUUCUGCAAAUGUACUUUUAUUAAACUCAAACAUAGUUUUGUCAAGACUUGGGUGACCAUAAGCCUUUAGCUCUAAUUAUCUAGCUUUUUUUUUUUUUUUGGCCAUACUCUUUAGUAGGCUUUUAUGUUAAUAUUUUUAGAAGAGCUUGUCUGGGAGAUUAGGAAAUAGGACAAGGAACCAAGACCAUAGGAGAUACCCUUUCUGUCUCAAAUUUCUCUCAUCUUUUACUUCUGUUCACUCAGUGAAAACAGAAACAGAAAGGACAUAGUAACAAUAAAAUAGAAUUAUUAGUGUAUUAUGAAUAUUAAGAACAUUUUAAUAUAUAAUGUAUUAUGAACAUUAUAAAUGAGUAAUAAUAUCUACCCAAAGCUUGCAAAACUUGGUUAAAUUACAUAGAGAUUACCAGGUAAGACUCAAAGUUGCAAAUAUAAACAAAAGAAAAAUCCAACAUAAAAUAACACUAUAUACAAUAUUUAAUGGUUUCUAGAAAUGUUCAUUUUACAUAUUUGAUUACAUCAUCAUGUUUAUUAAUUGUUAUCAUUACAACUAGGAUUAUUACUAAGGUCAUUAUAUUUAAAGAGUGCCUAGGAAACUAUUUUUAAAACUUCUCUCAUAAAAUUAUAAUCUGACUGAUCUUGCUGUUCUUUAGUACAGGGCUGCUCUUAAAGAAAAGAUAUCUGUCUCAAGUCCUCAGUUAAUUCUGUUUACCUCACAUGCGAUUCAGUGACAGAUUUUCCCUAAAUCGGUCAGCCCCCAUGUACCUCCUCCCUCUCUCCUUUUUAGUGUGUGAGGAACUAAGGGUCAGCAGUGUCCUGAUUUAUCCAGGGACACAUAUUCGUAUUUUAUUUUUCUCUCUAAGGCCAGCCUGUUUUUACUUUUUAUUUUGACACCACCUGAGACCCAACUAGCACCAUCUCUCACUUGGACAGCUACAGUUAACUGGUUUUCUUCUACACCUGUGUUUGGUCUUUAUCUCCGUCUGUGUGAAUUGGUGUAGCCAGAGUGAUGAUCUAUUAAAAACGUGAAUUUGAUCAUGCAUUUUCAUCCUAAAACUUAAAAAUAAGACCUUAUUUUUUAGAGCAGUUUUAGGUUUAGAGCAAAACUAAGCAGAAAGUACAGAGUUCUUGUACCCCCUGUACCAUUUCCGCCCCCCAGCCCCCACUAUCAACAUCCCAUGCCAGAGUGGUACAUUUGUUCCAACCGAUGAACCUACAGUGACACACCAUCGUCCCUCCAAAUCCAUAGUUUACAUUAAGGUUCCCUCGUACUUCUUAUGGGUUUGGACAAAUGAGUAAUGGUAUACAUCCAUAAUUAUAGUAGCAUACAGAACAGUUUCAUUGCUCUAAAUAUCCUUAGUGCUCUACCUGUUUAUCCUUCCCUCUCCCUGACCCCUAGCAAUCACUGUUCUUUUUACUGUCUCCAGUUUUGCCUUUUCCAGAAUGUCAUAUAAUUGGAAUCGUACAGUAUAUAUAUAGCCUUUUCAGAUCGAUUGGCCUUUUCAUUUAGUAAUAUUCACUUAAAUUCCUCCAUGUCUUUUUAUGGCGUGAUAGUGUCUUUCGAGUGCUGAAUAGUAUUCCAUUGUCUGCAUAGCUUGCCUGCUGAUAUCCACUACUGAAAGACAUCUUGGUUGCAUCCCUCUUUUGGCACUUAUGAAUAAAGCUGCUAUAAACAUC